GAUGUUGUCGGGGCAACCAGAAAGGGAGGGUGUAGGGCAAUACUCAUCUACCCGGAACUGCAUGAAACCAAACCGCCCUGGUUUUAAAGUCUUAAAGCCUUCUCUUUCUUGAGCUCAGAGGACCCAAGAGUCCAGCUCACCAGCCUCUUCGUCCCCAGGACCCAGACACCCAGUACUUACCUCCAUGGAGCUCUGUCGGUCCUCAGCCCUACUCACUGGCUCCCUGGGCCUGGUGUGUACCCUGAUUGCUCUGAGCACGGAUUACUGGUUUGAGGCCAGGGGACCCGGCUUUUCAUUACACUCGGGGCUCUGGCCAAAGGGGCUUGGGAACAAUAUAGCAGACUACAUCCACGCGACCCAGAGCCUCCUUAUUCUGGCCGCCGUGUGGGGCCUGGUGUCUGUGACCUUCCUCGUCAUGUCCUGCAUCCCCUCACUGUCCAUUCGAGGCUCCUGGCCCCUGGCCUCUUCUGUCAUGGCUUUUGCUGCAGCCAUUUUUGCCACAGUGGCCAUGGUGGUCUACACCAGCGAGCGGUGGAACCAGCCUCAACACCCCCAGGUCCAGACCCUCUUCUCCUGGUCCUUCUACCUGGGCUGGGUUUCAGCUGUCCUCUGGUUCUGUACAGGUGGCCUGAGUCUGGGUGCUCACUGUCGUGGCCCCCAGCCUGGCUAUGACACCUUGUGAGCCAGAGGCGAGACAGGCAGGAUGAAGCAUUAUUCGCGGAAGACCUCGUCAGGAGCCACGGGCGCCCGCAGCCCUCCCUCUAGCCCUCACCCAGCCUUCCCACUACCCCUCCACUUGUUUCUUCAUUCAUUCAACAAAAAUUUGCUGGGAUCUGGUUAUUCUGAGAUUAAUUCAGCUGCGACACAAGCUGACGGCAAGCCACCUCCCUGGUGGGCGACACUCGGUGCCCAGAAAGGAGUCGGAGCCCCCAGCUGCCGUCAGGUGGCUCCCACGCACGGAGCUGGGGCCGGUGAGGACUCAGGCUUGGCCCCAUGUCGGCAACCUUCUCCGGCCCUUGUCUUUCUCCCUGGUUUACCUUGAGACCCUGUCCUUUCUCUUUUCUCCUUUGUCUUUCCCACUUCAUGCUCUUGCCUUCUCACUCCCUCUCUGAUGUUGUCACCCUUUCUUCACUCCGGUCCUCUUCACUCCAUUAAUUCAUUUACUCCUUCAGGGGGCUUUUCCUGAGCUCCUCCUUUCUGCUUCAUCUCACUGAGGAUGCAGAUGGGAGUCUGACCUGGCACCCUGCCCACUGGGGGCUGCAACUCCAGGGACAGAAGUGAGACAGCAGGCAGAGCCCAGGAUGGUGGGGAGAAAGACUGACUGUGUCAGGCCAGGGUGGAGGGGAGCUUUUUGUGGGGAGGGUGUUUAGGGGCUUCUCAAGGGCCAAGGAAAUGUCAUCCAGGUGGAGGGACCCAAAGGUGGAGGUGCGGAAAGGCUGGGAGUUUUCAGGGGAUGGAGAACAGUGCUUUGUGGUGGAAUGUAGAAUGCAGGGGUGGUGCAGUAUGAGGAUGGACAGGCAGGUGGGAGCCAGGGCCCCUGAGGCCACAGUGACUCUCUUCCGAGGGAAACAGGGAGCUACAAGGUUGUGACCCGGAGAGGGUCAACGUCAGUUCCAGGUGCCAGACAGACCCCUCUGGGGCAGGCAGAAGGGAGAGAGGAGUUGGCAACGCAAUGGUUGUGACUGGGACCAGGGCGUGAGAUGGGAAAGAGGGAAGGAGCCAGAAAGAUUCAGGGGGGCAGAAGGAACCGGACUCAGGGAUCCAAGGGCUUUAUGGAGUGAUGGGCAGGAGGGGGCAAGGAUGAUAGUGCCCAGGGGUCUGGCACAACCAACUGGGUGGGAUGGCAGAGUCCUCCGUGGUUGGGCGGAAGUUGCUGAGUUCAGUCGGGAUAUGGCUGUCGGGGGUCUGGGAGAGGGACCCAGUGACGAGCUCCUCUGGUAAGAAGACGCAGGAUGGAGACUCCAGGAAAACGGGUUCUAAGUGGAGGGAGGAGGAGGAAGAGGGGCAAGAGCUUGCAUGGGGACCGAAGGGGGCGCAGUCAGAGAGCUGGGGGCCUGGGGUGCUUAUGGGAUGAAGGGAAGAGUUUCCACAAGGAUAUGGUCUACUAUGUCAUGGCCUUUUGGCUCCCCCAGACCUGCCGUCUGACUCUGCGCUGUCUGUGCCAGAAGAGUUGCUUACGUGUGUAUGUGUGUCAUGGGUGGGUGGGUGGUUAUCUCUUUAAAUGGCUGAUGGGAGAGAAGAUUCUGGAACUCCUCCUGCCUCACAGAGACCCAGUCUCCCUUCCCCCACUCCUCUGGACUCUGUGUCUAAGAAGCCCUGGUAGCUGGGUGUGAGUCACUUAGAUGGGUGGGUGCCUGGGGGUGGGGAGGGCACUGGACAGGCUAAAGGGACAUUCCACUGGGGCAUGGAGAUCUUUGAAAGACAGGGAGGUUUCUAAGCAGUGAUUCUUUGGGGGUAAGGUCUCAAGGCCCCCAGUAGGAGCAGUAGGCCAUGAAGGUCUUGGGUUUGGGGAGGGCCUGAAGGAGGGGUCCCCAGACAGAGGUGCUGGGGUGCAGUUAGACAUGGAGGGACAUGUGGGAGGGGGUUUCAAGGACUGGAAGGACCCGGGAGAGGGGUCUGGGGACGGGAGGGGGGGUUGGCCAAUCUUGCAUGUGUGGCCCUCGGCAGCAGCCUCCCUGGCAUGGGGGUGAAGCGGAGCCUUCAGAGCGGGGGCACCUUACUGGGCUUCUUGGCCCAAAUCCUCAUGAUUCUCUCCACUGCCACCAACUACUGGAUCCGCCACCCUGGGGGCCACAGUGGCCUGUGGCAGGAGUGUCAAGACGGCACCUGCUCCAACAUCCCCUGCCAGAGUGAGGCCCGGCCCGCCCAGAUGUUCCCCACUGGACAGACAGCCCCCAGCGCAGACCACAGCUGGCACAGCAGCUGGGCACAUCCUGCGGCGCCCCCACCCUCACCCCUUCCACUCCAGUCUCAGGUCCACCUGCUCCUCCGCCACAGAGACUACCACGAACCCCCACUUCGGGACCUACUUCCCUGUUGCGACAUUAACUGCCCCUCACGGAGUAACCUCUAAGUCCCCAUCCAAACCGUCAGCUCUGCUCCCAGCCCCGUACCGGCGGGUCGGGGUGGUGGCCAGGGGCGGCGCCAGCGCGGGGCUGAGGCGGCGCUCUCCGCAGCCAUGCUGGCGGUGACGGGGGCGUGCAUGGUGCUGGCGGCGGGCUCCGGCAUCGUGGGUUUGGUGAUGGGGCUGCGCAUUCUGUGCCAAGAGGGCGACUCGCGGGGCCAGACGACGAGCGGCAUCUUCUUCCUCUACGGCUUCUGCUUUCUGCUGGCGGACAUGAUCGUGCAGAGCACGGAUGCCAUCAGUGGAUUUCCCGUGUGCUUGUGACCGCAGCCUGCCUGGGGCGGAAUAAAGGAACAGCUUUCAC